GACGGGCAUGGUCCCUCAUGUGAUGUCUGCCCUGCAGCUGGAAUUUCGAGACUCUCGCUGAUUGCCUGUCAAUUGGACGCGGAGCAGGUACCUGAUCAUGACCGCGGCGCAAACACCUCCCAGGGGUUACGCAUUCGCGAAUAAAUUUUGGACGAUCGCGUUUCGAUGAUUGAUGCCAACCUCAAUAUCUACCACGAGGCUCACCGGGCAAGCGGCCAACUCAAAGUGGGCUUGUGCUGGCACCUACGCAUGUAUUCAACGCAUUAUGAUCACAAGAGGCUCAAUCAGCGAUGUUCACAAGCCAUGCGAGGGCCAGAGUCCUAUGAUGCUGUCAAGGGAAUGCCUCACCUCACCCAGUUCUCGUCCGCCAGCCCUGAAAGUUUGGGUUAUAUAUCUGCUCAAUCAUGAACGUUCCCACAUCUUUGGCGCAAGCCCAUGUCGAGUUGAGCAGAACUCCUCACACGACGAAGAGAAUAUUCAAUGGACGGCCGUACAUGGCGCCCUCUUGGGGCUCUUGGGGACAAUCGCAUGUUGCCAGAGUCCGGGGCUCAUCGUUCUAGCAUUGAAAUUCCUCACUAUCUUGCACAGCACACUAGCCGUUGCUUUGUGCCCCGGUGGCGAUCCGUGCUGGCUUCGCUCGGAGCCAAGUGCCCGUGGCAAAGGACUUGAGCGUCGUGGUUCUUUCCUUGAAGUUUGAACGAUUUGGGAACCAGGGCCAGAUCAGCCUGUCCAGGACCUGCCAUGUAUGUCUCCGGCGCCGCUUACAGCAGGCCACGGGGAAUGCUUCGCUGCAGCCGAUUGGACUCGCUCAAGGGGCCAUGGCCGAUUGUAUGCGUGUUGUCUGAAGACCUCAAGACCUCAAAUUUUGUUUCAUUUUGGUUUAAACAGCCUGGCUUUAUUCGUCAGUGAAUGUUGUCCCUCUCGCCAGGCAGACCGGCCCUCUAAUAAGUAGUGGCGCUCCAGUGGGGGCACAUCGGUGAUGUCUUU